AUUUCUAGAGCUAUGAAAACAGAAAAGCGCUCAGGCGCGGAGCAGACGCCUGUCAUGACGUCACUGGACCUCAUGACGUCGCACUCAGCCGUGUUUGGGUCAAUGAAGCUAGUUAGUAUGCUAGCUGAUGCGCUCAUUCAUUUAACCAGGGUUAACCUUUUCAUUUAACCUGCCUGGGCUGUGGGACUCACUGACGGACUCUAAAGGAAAUCUUACCGGCUCUCCGCUGAACGUUAGCACCGAUAUAUCCCGGGCAGAUUUAAUAUUGAGCACUGUUAGCCCCCGGUACUUGGGAUUAGCUAACGUUAGCUGGCUAACAAGCUAAUAACAACAACAGAGCAGUCAGCUGUGAGUUAGCAGGUCAAAGAUGUCGGAGUCCAGUGGGCUGAUCCAGGUCACAGUGAAGACUCUGGACUCUCAGAGCCGGACCUACAAAGUCUCAGGAGAGCUGACAGUGAAGCAGUUUAAAGACCACAUUGCAGCUUCAGUGGAGAUCCCAGUGGACAAACAGAGACUCAUCUAUCAGGGCAGGGUGCUGCAGGAUGAACGCACACUCACCGAGUACAACGUAGAUGGGAAGGUGAUCCACCUGGUGGAACGAGCCCCCCCUCAGGCCUCCAUGACCAGUCCAGGUGGGGCAGGUGUUUCCUCUGGGGGAGAAGAAGGCGGAGUCAGCAGCAGCCAUGCCUCCACCUCCUCCCAACAUGCACCACACGACCGCAACGGGAACAGCUAUGUGAUGCUGGGCACGUUCAACCUGCCUGUCAACAUCAUGGACCCCCAGCAGAUACAGAUGUCGGUGCAGCAGAUGAUGUCUGGAGUUGGUGAAGCAGGAAGAAACACCAGAGUGAGCACCAGUACAGGGAGUAAUGGCUCGGUGGAUGUUCAGAUUAAUGUGGACCCUGCAGUGCAGAGUGAGUCCAGAAUGAGGCUGCAGCUGGCUGAAAACCUACUGAGAGAUGCCUGCUCCCUGAUCCACAGACUGGAGGGAGUUUCCAGAGAUUCACAGUCAGAGGUCCCUCCCUCAUCUUCCUCCCCUCCUCCAUCCUCUUCCUCCUCCUCUGAUGGAGGAGCUGCAGCGUCACAGUCCAUGGACACCAGCUCUGCUCCAUCAUCCUCCACCUCCACCCAGACUGACGGAGCAGCCGGUGGCACAGGGCCAAACCACCCGAGUCCUGCAGAGUUUGUGGAGGUGUUGUCGGAGGUGAGGAGGGUGGAGGAGAGGUUAAGACCAUUUAUAGAGAGAACACACUCCAUCCUGGGAGCAGCAACGUCUGCAGACUACAACAACAAUACAGAGGAGAGGGAGGAGGAUCAGCGCAUACUGAACCUGGUUGGUGAUGCUCUCCGUCUUCUCGGUAACACCUUGGUUGUCCUAGGUGACCUGCGCUGCAACCUGGCAGCCCCUCCUCCUCGUCACCUGUACGUGGUCCGACCCAUCACCCACCUAUCUCACCCGGUCCUGGUCCAGACCGGCCUGCCUCACGUCCCCCUCCCACAGAUUAACCUGGGGACAACUGUCACCAUGACGUCCAAUGGGAGACAGACAACUGAAGGGGCGCCCCCUCCAACUGCUGGCCAAUCAGAUCAGCAGGCUGUAGGCCAGGCUCCGCCUCCACCUUCUAAUGGGACCAAUCAUCAGGGAGGAGCAGGACCUAGAGUGAUCCGGAUCACCCAUCAGACCAUGGAGCCGGUGGUCAUGAUGCAGAUGAACCUCGAUGGUGAGUCAGCUGCCGGCGCUCAUACUACAGGUCAGGCUCAUGCUGCAGGUACACCACAGACAGGUCUCCCCCCUGAGUUCAUGCAGGCCAUCGUCCAUCAGAUCUCCCAGCAGGCCGCUGUCAUGGCUGCUGCAGCCUCAGGCGGACCCCCACCUCACAUCACACCUGGAUCAGGAUCAGCACCUGAAGGAACCACCCCUCCACAGCCCGCCCACCCCACUCAAGCCAGGGUGGUCAUCACCAGACCCUCCUUCUCCCCCCGCCUCCCCCCACCUGCAGGAACCAGAGGAACUACUAUCAACCUGAGGGCCACAGUGCCCCCUGCUGGACAGGCUCCUCCUCUUCCUCCUUCCUCCCUCACUCAGAUGAUAAGCGGUCUAGUGGGACAGCUGCUGACUCCAGGACACACAGGUGAUCACAUGACCUCUUCCUCCUCCUCUUCCUCUGACUCAUCCUCAACCUCCCCUCCCUCCUCUGCUACCUCCGCUCAGACCUCCACCACCUCAAGCCAGCCAGCAGAGAGCAGUGCUGAGGGGAACCUGGCCCAGCUUCUGGGCUCUCUGCUGGGGGGGACGGCAGGAGGAGGGGGGGGAACGGGAUCCGGACCUGCUCCCUCCAUCACUGUGACUCUCCCUGGGGGUGCAGGCUUCUUCCAGGGCCUGACAGACUACAACCAGCCUCCUGCUGGCACACCAGGAGCCCCGCCCCCUUCUCAGCCUGUUGGCCCCACCCACGCUCAGCCUGUCAGCAGUGGGGACUCUCUGAGCCCGGAGCUGUUCACGGGCAUCGUGCAGGGCGUUCUAUCCACCAUGAUGAGCUCUCUGGGGGCUCAGCAGGGGGGCGGAGAGAGCAUCGCCCAGUUCAUCCAGAGACUGUCCCAGACAAGCAACCUGUUCAGCCCGGGCUCAGGGGACGCCGUGGGGUUCUUUGGGGACCUACUGUCUCUGGUGUGUCAGAGUUUCUCCAUGGUGGACAUGGUUCUGCUGCUGCACGGCAACGCUCAGCCUCUGAGCCGCAUUCAGCCUCAGCUCAGAAACUUCUUCACUGAACACUACCUGCAGGGCCGAGAGCCCACAGAGACCAACAUCUCUGCAGCAGCUGAGGAGCUCAUCAACGGGCUGGAGGAGUACAUCACUGACAGCUUCGCCUCGGUAACAGUCAGAGAUGGAGUGGACAUCGUGCAGACCAACCUGUCGUUCCUCAGGCUGAAGUUCACUCAGAUGGCCUCUCACAUCCUGCACUGCUCAGAUCAGACGUUCGGUCCCCGCCUGCUGCUGCUGUGUACUCAGGGUCUGUUUGAGUGUUUGGCUCUGAACCUGUUCUGUCUGAGAGGAGAGCAGAGAGCGCUGACUGCUGUCAUCAACCACAGAAUCAGGAGGAUGUCCGCAGAGGUCAAUCCCAGUCUGGUGAACUGGCUCACCAGUAUGAUGUCCAUGAGGCUUCAUGUGAUCCUGGACCACAACCCGGUCACUGAGGACCAGAUCCAGCGCUACGUCAUCCACACCCAGGUGAAUCGAAGGAAUGAAGGGGAGGCUGACCCCCCCUCACAGAGUCUGAACGUGGAGAUGGAGGAGAGUGUGUCUCCAGCUGCAGCCUCCAUAGAGGAGGAGAGAGGAGAGAGGGGAGCAGCUCCAUCAGGAGACCCUCAGCAUCCUGCAGAAGCCCCCUCAGCUCAGGAGGAGGAGGAGGCACCUGAGGUGGAGACCUGGGCAGCAGCUGUCCCACCUGAGUGGGUUCCCAUCAUCAGACAUGACAUGCUCUCUCAGAGGAAGAUUAAAGCUCAGCCCCCCCUCUCUGAUGCAUACCUGCAUGGCAUGCCGGCCAAGAGGAGGAAGACGAGUCAGAGCGAUGGUCCUCAGCUAUCUCUGUCUGAAGCUGUGGGUCGAGCCGCUCGAGCUGCUGGAGUCCUUCCUAUCACUCCCCCUCUCAGCCUGCAGGGGGAGCUGGAGACACCUGAGCUACAGGAGGAAUACACGAGACAGGUAAAGAACGACAUCAGUGAGCGAGUGAAAGAUGAUCCGGACUACAACUCCCAGAGAUUCCCCAACACCUACCGAGCUUUCUCUGCGGAGGAAUCCUAAACCUCCUCAGACUCCAAACUUCCUUAACCAGAGUCCUGAUCCAGAGUCCUGAUCCAGAGUCCUGACCCACAGAGAAGCAGGAUCAGGUCCAGACCAGGACUAAGCCCCUCUCCGCCUGCAGCAUGGACCUGAAACAUCCCAUAAUAACCCUGAGCUGGAGAGGCUUUGCUCAGUCAUUCCUCCUCUCCUGUGGUUCUGUCAGAGCGGCAGACUGUGGACCCCUCUGGAUACUGGACCAGGAUCACCCCCUUCUCUCAGACACUCUGAGGAUGAAUCAGUUUGAGAACCAGUCCCUGACAUGAGAAUAGCAGCAGAGGAGGGAUUAUGAAUUAUCUGGAUUAUUUAAUCUGAGAGCUGAUCAUCAGCAGCUCUGGUGGAGUCCGAGUGUCAGAGACAGAGCACUGUGCGAGUACAGUCCAGUGAUAUGAGACAAUACUGAGCUGAUGUGAAAAUGAAGACAAGAAGACCGAGUCUGGAUGAAGUGAGAGUACUGACAGCACACUGAGAGAGAAGGUUUAACAGCAUGAGACUAACAGUCAACACAGACCGCUCUCUGUCAGAGUCACACUGUAUCACCACAGAAGUGCAGUAUCAUUUAGAGAGGUCACACUCAUUCAUCCAUCCCUGCUUUUACUGAUCUCUGCAACUCUUCCACUAAAUUAACCCACACUUCUUUACACAAACAAACUUUGAACCACCGAAACCGUCUGUGCAGUAACCCUGUUUACUGCUGCAAAAUCACAAAAUCCUUUUAGACCACAUGUCACAGAUCAUCCAAAGAAUCCUGGAAGGACUGAUCCAGUGAAAUGAAGACAUUCCAGAAAGAGAGAGUCUUUGAUUCAUAUGAAACAAAAGUAAGAUUAAUAGAUCAUUCUUUUAUAUAACAUAGAUGUCUGCAACAGGAGACUGUAGUCAAGGGUUCACCUCAGCACAAUGACCACUCUGCUCACUAAAUAGAAGCUCUGAUUUUUAAUUCAAUCAACAUGAAUACACUUCUAUCAUUAGAAGCUCGGCCAGUGAACCAGGCAGGUGCUCAGCCUUGCUCCUUCAGCUGUCUCUGUCAGUCUGAGCCUGUUUUCGUAACUGCCUCUUACCAACAACCUACGAAUGUAGUAUGCAAUACGUACUGCAUACUACAUACUGCUUACUGUGUUUGAAGGUAGUAUGUGGUAUGACUGUUCUGUUGGAUCUGUUCUGCAGGAUGCUGGGUCAGGUGUUGCUGGGUUUCCGGUUUCAGAAAGCAGAAGUAAACAACGGCAUAACUGAUCGCGAAACUGCGUCUUUAGUAUCACUUAUGAUUUAAAAAGUUGAGAAGUGGUUUAUAUGGAAUUUAAUAAUUUUCACAGCACCGAAAAAUGAAAACUCUGCAUUGUGGGAAACAGUACGCGAGGGAGACUGGUCUGCUGAAAUCACAUACAUACUGAAUUUUGGCCAAAUCAGUAUGUACUAGUAUUGUAGGUGGUUUCGCAAACAGCCUGACAGCCAGGUUCGGCAUGCUACUGCUGGUGAGAUGAGGACAAUCAGUCAACAGUUUACGCCUGUUCUGAUUAUCUCUUUAUCUCAGUUUUGACCCCACACUCAUAUUGUUAGCCUCACGCUGCAGGAACAUGCCUCUCUCAGCUCUCAUAUGACUGUGAUGGAAAUAAGUUUUACAGUUUUGAAACAAACAGCUUCAGAGUAACAGGAGCACCCACUUUCUCUCAAUCUGUUCUAAUGUUAAUGAGACCUGACAUUUCCUGAAGAAACCCUCUGACAGCACUUUUAAAAUCUGCUCCUGUGUUCACCAUUCUGUCACUACAGACAUAAAAAAAAUACACAAACGUGUUCAGCAGACUCUCCUACUUCAGAAAAUGACACCAUUUAGCUGAUAGCUGUUAUGGUUUAUCUUAAUAUCCUGAAUCUGUCUGAGCUUCUCUUCUUCUGUCCUGCUGCCCCUGCUCGAUUCCCAAGGAAACCCCAAUCACCAUGGUCGGUAUCAAAUGUACAGGAUGAGGCUGACAUCUAUCCCUGUCUUCUUCUAUUAUACCCAUCAUACGAUCUGGAUAUAUUAGCACUGGGAGCCGAGCAGCAGCAGCAUUAUCCUCAAAACAUGUUGAUAAGUUUAGAUUUCUUCUCACCUGUGGAUGAUUGUUUUAUCCUUUAAACCUCUCAGAUAGUUUCUAGUGUUGGACCUGAUGCUCCUGAUUCUGUCUGAGUGUGUCUUGAAGAUGUAUUAUCAUUAUAAACCUGUAUAAAAUGAAACUGUAAAUUAGUGCAAAUUGCACAUAGUAAACAGGAAGUGAUGUCAUAGCUUCGUCAGUUUCAGUCAUGUGACCAAUGUUCAUAUUUUAUUUUAUUUUUAGAAAUCAGAUGAGGUCAUUUUUGUAUUUUAGAAAUCUGAAUAUUUGACUGAUGGAUGAGCCCCUAACAUGUACAUCAUAAUAUUAACAUGUCAGUUUAAUAACAUAUUUAAAGAGUGUAUAUAAUAAUAACAUGUCAGUAUAAUGUUCAUGAUGUAUUAUAGUACAUGACAGCUGAUCAGGUGAGUGUACCUGUGUGAAGUUUGUUUGCAUCAGCUGAUCAUUUAAAUAAACAAACUUUAAAUCUG